UCCCUGGGCUCCUCCCUCCGCUCCCGUCAAGGUUCGGGGACAUUGCGAUGAGAAGGGAGCGAGGGCCUAAGCCCGCCCUUGGUGGAGCUGGUGAGGCAGAACUAGGUGGGAUGGCAGGCCGCCCCAGACAGCUGCAGCGCCACCUCCUGAGCGGCGAGUUCGACCAGUUGCGGGACUUCCCCAUCUUUGAGAGCAACUUUGUGCAGGUGACUCGGUUGGGAGAAGUUGCCAACAAGGUCACCAUGGGGGUGGCAGCCUCCAGUCCAGCCCUGGAGCUCCCGGACCUCUUGCUGCUGGCCGGCCCUGCCAAGGAGAAUGGACACCUGCAACUCUUUGGGCUCUUCCCUUUGCAGUUCGUCCAGCUCUUCGUCCACGACGAAAGCCGCCGGCAGCUCAAGGUCAAGCUGAGCAACCACCGAGCCUUCUACUUACAGCUGCAAGCGCCGCCCGAGACCCGGGACCGCGAGUUCGGCCAGUGGGUGCGGCUGCUCUACCGCCUGCGCUUCCGGUCGGCGCCCGCCGUGCCCUUCACACGGGAGGACCAGGAGCUGGAGGAUGAAGACGGGGAGGGCAACGAUGAUGAAGAGGAGGCCCAGCUGGAGUGCGAGGAGCUCCAAGCCUCAGAAGCCAGACUUGAGCCCCAGACCUCUCAACUCUGGGGCCUCUGAGUCUUCCAACAUCCUUCAAGGUCACCGAAGGGCCAGAGAUCAAAGGACAUUGCCUCAGGCCCAGGCAGAUGAGAUAUUCAAGUUAAUAAAGAUCAGCUCCUUAAGAACC